ACUGUUUGAGGCUCGCCUGUUGCCUGGGGUGUUAUUUUAAGAAAGCAGAAGCAGCGUCAUUUGCACACUCCUUAUAGACACAUACACCUUGGCCCUGGCGUUCGGCUUCAGUGUUUCAAAAGUGAAGACAAGAUGAAGACUCACUUGCUUCUCUGGGGAGUCCUGGCCAUUUUUGUUAAGGCUGUCCUUGUAACAGGUGAUGGUGAAAAGACCGUUCUUGCUGACAACAAAUGCAUGUGUACCCGAGUUACUUCCAGGAUCAUCCGUUCCAACGAGGACCCUAAUGAGGACAUUGUGGAGAGAAAUAUCCGAAUUGUUGUCCCCCUGAACAACAGGGAGAAUAUUUCGGAUCCCAAUUCUCCACUGAGAACGAAAUUUGUGUACCAUUUGUCAGACAUCUGUAAGAAAUGCGAUCCUGUGGAAGUGGAGCUGGGUGAUCAGAUUGUUACUGCCACACAGAGCAAUAUCUGCAACGAAGACAGUGCAGUUCCAGAGACAUGCUACACGUAUGACAGAAACAAGUGCUAUACGACCAUGGUCCCACUUAUGUAUCAUGGUGAGACCAAAAUGGUGGAAUCAGCCUUGACCCCUGAUUCUUGCUACCCUGACUAGUCUGAGUCACUUCUCCCUAUGCAGCUCUGCCAUUAGAGGCUGUCCAUUUGGACCCAGGAGUUACACUUACUGCUAAUGAAUUUGAAACCAGGAUUUAUUAUUGGAUGGUAUAAGACUAACAUUCCCUUUCAAUGGUUAGAAUAUCAGCAUUGCUGCCACUAUUAAAUAAUUUUUUUCUCAAUUCUGAGUAUUCAAUCUGCAUGCUUGCCCAAACAUGUAUUUUUAAGAGUUCAUUUGCUAGUAUUUAAAAUCAUCACCAAGGAGAGAAGCUAAAAUUUCAAGAGUGAAAAUCAAGAGGCGUUAUUAAACCCAGCCCCUUUUCUCUCCUACUUUGCUGUGGAGAGCUGGAGCUUUCCCAUACUCUGUACUGUUCUUUCUCUAAUCUCCCACUGUGCAGAGAACACGAACCACAAACACAGGGCGGUUGAGUAGAUCCACUAGGAGUUAUAAAGGACACACUUUGGAACUAUUUACUAAUACUUAUGAAACAAGUUUGCUGACAGCGAUAUGAUUUGAUGCACAAAUGAAAAAAUAUAUAUUUUGAUAGAACACAUAGACUUGGCAUUAGAUUUUUUUUUGACAGAAAUUUGUCUGAAAUUCUUAGGGGAAUCUCCUGUGUUACAGCUGAAUCAAAUGCAAUUUGUAAUCCAAAAUACAUAUUCUCUAGCAGUUUGAAUAAUUAAAUAGAUUCGUAAGCAUA